UCAACGAAUCUGCAGGAUCCGCUUUAUAUGAACAUUGCAGAAAGCUCGUGCAUAAACAAAAUAAUCUCGUGCAUGUGUUGGGCAUCGACCCAUUCGUUUCGGAGUUACCGAUUCUUUGUCAAUGAGUAGAACAUUAACCGAAGAAGGUUGAACUGCUAUAAGAGCACAGUUAGGCGGACGAGUUUUCACUCUCUGUGGCGGGACUGACUCGGAAUCGUGUUCGGGAACCCACUGGAUAUUGAAUUUCCCGAAACAGUGAAGGAUUAAUUGAAGACAUGGAAAAGAUGAAUGACAAAAAGGUUGACGUGGAGGUCCAUGGAAAAAGGCAGAGCUCGCCGAAAUUAUGUGGGACUAACUAUCCAGUUAGCAUUGCCUUCAUUGUGGUCAACGAGUUCUGUGAGAGAUUCUCUUACUAUGGCAUGAAAGCGGUGCUCACACUUUACUUCAUCCACUACCUGGGCUGGGACAAGAAUCUGUCAACAGCUGUGUACCAUGCUUUCUCAAGCCUUUGCUACUUUACUCCACUUUUGGGGGCCUUGAUAGCAGACUCCUGGUUGGGGAAGUUCAGAACCAUCAUCUAUCUGUCUAUAGUUUAUGUGAUUGGUCAUGUGGUCAAAUCUGUUGGGGCCAUUCCUGAUGUGGGAGACAGCACCAUUCAUAUAGUUCUGUCAAUUCUUGGUCUGAUCCUUAUAGCUUUUGGGACAGGAGGGAUCAAACCGUGUGUUGCAGCUUUUGGUGGUGACCAGUUUGAUGAGGAGCAUACAGAUGAGAGGAGAAAAUUCUUCUCAAUCUUUUAUAUGUCAAUCAAUGCUGGAAGUGUCCUAUCAACCAUUGUCACACCAGUACUAAGAGGUGAUGUGCAAUGCUUUGGUGGAGACUGCUAUGCCUUGGCCUUUGGAGUCCCUGCGGCUUUAAUGGUCAUUGCUCUAGUGGUUUUUAUUGCUGGAAAUGGGAUAUAUAAGAAGAGUCCUCCUGAGGGGAAUGUCCUUGCUCGUGUUUGCAAAUGUAUUGGGUUUGCUAUUCACAACCGGUGGAGAACUUCCAAGAACAGCCCAAAACGGAGUCACUGGCUUGAUUGGGCAGAGGAGAAGUACCCGAAGAGGCUCAUCCAGGAAAUUAAAAUGGUGUUUAGGGUGCUGGUUCUCUACAUUCCAUUGCCCAUGUUUUGGGCUCUCUUUGACCAACAGGGGUCCCGCUGGACUCUCCAAGCCACUCGGAUGAACAUGAAUUUCGGUGGAGCAUUUGUACUAAAGCCUGAUCAAAUGCAGAUGCUGAAUGCUUUGCUGAUUCUGGUGUUUAUUCCAAUCUUCGACAUGGGAAUAUACCCACUGAUAGGCCUGUGUCGGAUCAAACUCACUCCACUAAGAAAGAUGGCAGCAGGCAUGAUCCUUGCUGCACUUGCCUUCUGUGCUGCAACUAUAGUAGAACUCAAUGUCAUUAAAACUGUCGUAGAGCCCCCUCCUGCCAAACAAUGCCUCAUUCAGGUUUUCAAUCUUAUGGAUUCAGAAGUCACAGUGCAAUUUUCUGAACACAAUGUCUUCUCAGGGCCAAUCAAUUCAUAUGAGGAUCCUUUGGAAUACACCAGUCUUACACUUUCUGGUGUUUCCCAGCUGCACACAGUUACUGUCAGUCACAAUGGGGCACAACAUCAGUGUCAGCUCAACUUUACAGAACAGAUGGCCUAUAGCCUCAUCCUGCACAGUCAACCUGAUGGCAUUGCAUGCAAACUGGUGAAAGAUCACAUCACCAAAUCUGAAACCGGGGCUGCAUAUCUAAGGUUUAUCAAUACCCGCUCAGAGAGUAUCAACAUAACAGUGGGCACUGAUGAAUUUUAUGCGCCUGCUCACUAUGGGAUUUCACACAAUAUCAGCAUACAACGGGGAGAAUACAAUGGAGUUAAAUGCAUAUCUGGCUCCAACCAAUAUCACAUUGAUCUGGGACUUCUUGAUUUCGGUGCCUUCUACACAGUCAUACUCAAAGGGGGCAGAGAUGAUCUUACUUUUAAAAAGAUGGAGGAUAUCCAAGCCAACAAUAUUCACAUUGCCUGGCAGAUUCCACAGUACGUUUUCCUUACUGCAGGAGAAGUCAUGUUCUCCAUCACUGGUUUGGAGUUCUCCUACUCACAGGCACCAGCAAGCAUGAAAUCUGUCCUUCAGGCUGGAUGGCUUAUGACUGUGGCAUUUGGAAAUGUCAUUGUAUUAAUUGUGGCAGAGGGGGCCGGAAUGGAACAGUGGGUGGAGUUCCUCCUUUUCGCUUGUCUUUUGGUGGCAGUCAGCAUCAUCUUCUCCAUCAUGGCCUAUUUCUACACCUACGUUGAUCCAGACCAGCUGGACAAGAUUUUCAGAGAGGACGCAGAUGAUGGGAAUGUUGACGGUUACAAGAGUAAGAAGAAAGAGACAGUUUACAUGACAGACACGCCAAAGAGCACCAAGAUGUAGCCGAGAAAACUUUUGUUUCCUUAUGAACUAUCUACAUUCAUUAAUUGCGAAUAAGCUAAUCUUUUUUCAAAGCAAACUGUGUUAGUCAGACCAGUUACGUUAUUUUGUCAUUCCAGGGCCUUUAUGUGGUCUUCCGCUAAGCUCUACUGAUCAGGAAUCAUAUUCCAGCUGAAUCAAGAAAAAAUAUACUGUGCUGAGAGAGUUGUGCUUUUACUUUACAUGGCACUGUACAUGAAUAAAUAUAUUUUAAAAUGUAAUGAACUUUAUAUAUAAACAUGUAAAUAACAUACACUACCAAUGUCUAAAAUGAAUGGUACGAAAAUGCCAUUUGCACAUUUUAAAGCUCUCAUUUGUACAUCAUUUUUUGUCAUUUUUGUUAUGACCUUUGAGAUGAUAGUGUUCUUGAUUAACUCUUGUCUAACAUUGCUGACGCAUUAAUUAUCAAUGUUUAAAGAUGCUCUCAGUCAUUUUUUCCUCAUUAAAUAAAGUUUAAGCCCUAAAGGAAUGAAUAGUAAUUUUGAAAUAAAUGUUUAAAAUCAUGUAUGCUCACAUGAGAUGAAGUUCCCAGUUAUAUCAGUAGCAUAAUAAUAACUGUGGUAUAUUUUAUGGAGCUGGACUACCUUAUGGGGGACUAGUCAUAACCUCCCUAUUAAACUUGGUAACCCCCAAUUAUUGGACACAUUUGCUCAUGGAAGGGAUGACUUAGCACAUUUCUCUAAUGCCAUCAGUAACCAGAAAACUUUGCUUUUGCAUGAUGCUGCAUUCCAUGCUGCUAGGUAUCAAUAUCUGUCCAAAAUAACGGCCAUACAGUGCCUUUAGAAAAUCAUCUGCUCUCUUCCAGUCCAUCCUCAGGUUUUCUAUAGUUUUUUUAGGUCAGGGCUCUGACUUGGCCACUCAAGGACUUUGACCUUCCUAUCCUUAAGUCACUGCAUUGUUUUUGAUGGUGUGUUUAGGGUUAUUAUCUUCAGUUGUCAAGCAGAGGGCCACAGAUUUUCCUCAAGAAAACAUACAUGGCAGCAUCCAUUUUUCCCUUCAAUCCUGACCAAUUGCCCAGUCCCCGCUGAAGAGGAACAUCCCCACAACAUAAUGUUGCUACCACCAUGCUUCAUAAUAGUUAUGGUAUGUUAUGGGCGGUGUUCUGUGUUUGUUUGUUUUUCAAAUAUAGCGCUUGGAGUUCAGUCCAAAAAGUAAUAAUUUUGUCUCAUCUGACCAUAAAACCUUAUGCCACAUGGCAUCAGAAUCCUCCAAAUCUGUGACCCUCUUCUCGACAACUGAAAAUGGACAGGUGGUUCACCUUUCAGCAUGACAAUGACCCUAAAC